GCCUUUGGGGAUGAGGUUCUGCACUCUUAAGGAUGGGGUAGAGUGUGAUCUUACCAAAUUGCCCUGGGAGGAAUCCUUCUAAGUCUGAUGUUCACCGUUUUUCUGCAGUUCCACCAAUGAGGCUCAACUUACAGGAAGAGACCCAUCCUACUGCCAGGCCCUGACCCCAGGAACUCCCCUGGAUGGUCCAGGACUGACAUCCUACCCCCAGUUCUAUUCCCCAUCUACUCUGACUGGCCUUCUUCUGUCUGGGAGCCCCUGCAGCUGGUGUGAAGAGCUUCGUGGAGGGAGAGUAGCAGGCUUCCAGACCAUGCAUCUGCCUUAAGGCCACCUCCAUACUCUCUCCGUGUCGGCGUCAUCCCUGACCAUCAGGGGCAGGAGCCCAUUACCGGGCUCGGGGUCGGUUGGGAAGCUCCCCUAACGGGGCUCAGUUGCCAUCCCGGCCCUGGCCCCAACCAUGUCUAGUCUCGUUGGUAGCCCACAGCCCGAUAGCGGCGGCAGCGGCAGCGGCAGCAGCAAGUCAGGCACCGCAGAGAAAUGCGGGUCAGACGAGGCCCUCCCCCCGGCCAACCCCGAGCGGCGGAACAAGAGCGGCAUCAUCAGUGAGCCCCUCAACAAGAGCCUGCGGAAGUCUCGGCCCCUGUCCCACUACUCGUCCUUCAGUGGUGGCAGCUCGGUGAGCGAGCUGGUGGACAAGGCAGCCGCCGCCUCCGGGCUGGCCAAUGGGCACGACCCGCCCAUGGACAAAACCAACUCUACCUCAAAGCACAAAAGCGGUGCUGUGGCCAGUCUGCUCAGCAAGGCGGAGCGGGCCGCCGAGCUCUCUGCCGAAGGACAGCUAACACUGCAACAGUUUGCUCAGUCCACAGAGAUGCUGAAACGGGUGGUUCAGGAACACCUUCCCCUGAUGAGCGAGGCUGGGGCGGGGCUCCCAGACAUGGAGGCCGUGUCGGGCACCGAGGCCCUGAAUGGCCCUUCCGACUUCCCCUACCUAGGCGCCUUCCCCAUCAAUCCGGGCCUCUUUAUCAUGACGCCCGCAGGCGUGUUCCUGGCCGAGAGCGCCUUGCACAUGGCGGGCCUUGCAGAGUAUCCUAUGCAGAGUGAGCUGGCUUCUGCCAUCAGCUCAGGCAAGAAGAAACGAAAACGUUGCGGCAUGUGCCCACCCUGCCGGCGACGGAUAAACUGCGAGCAGUGUAGCAGUUGUCGGAACCGAAAAACUGGCCACCAGAUUUGCAAAUUCAGAAAAUGUGAGGAGCUCAAAAAGAAGCCUUCUGCUGCUCUGGAGAAGGUGAUGCUUCCAACGGGAGCCGCCUUCCGAUGGUUUCAGUGACGAGUGGAGCCCCGGAGCUGCCAUCUCGUGCAAUGUCCUUGCUUGUGUUGUCUCAAGUAGGGGAUUCGGGCGAAGACGAAUGGAUGCACCUAUGUCUUUUAGAACCAAAAAUAUUCUCUCGCAGAUUUCAUUCCUGUUUUUAUAUAUAUAUUUUUUGUUGUUGUUUUAACAUCUCCACGUUCUAGUAUAAAAAAAAAUCAAAAAACAAAAACAUUUAACUGCUUUGCAGAAGAAGAAAAAAACGAAAAAUGAAUCUGUAAAGUAUGGAGACUUAAUAGCAGAGAAUGGACAAUCAGUUUCCUUCGUGUGUUGAUGUUUCUGUUGUGUGUGUGGAAGAUACAGUUUCUGUGUAGAGAAUGUAAAUUUUCAGUAACCUUUUGAAAUCUAGUUACUAAUAAGCACUACUGUAAUUUAGCACAGUUGUUUAACUCCACCUCAUUUAAACUUUGUUUGAUUCUUUCCCAUCAUAAAAUAGCGCAUAGUUUUCCUAGAGUACGCCACUUCCAUGUUUAAUGAGAAUAUGUUUAUAGCAAUGUAGAGCCCCCACCCCGGAACCAUCCACAUCUGCAACUUACCAGCCAGGAGCAAAGCGUCAAAGGUGGGCGCCCCCCCACCCCAGGAGACCAUGGCGCACCCCGGUGGUCCUUCAAAAGAAAAUUAAACUUAGUGACAAUGGUGACUUUAAAAAGAAAAAAAGUUGUUUUCUAAUUUAUAUGGAUCCAGGGCUCCCACAUACAGAGGUGCCCCAAUCCCAAAUUUACUUAGAAAGGAAAAAUCAAUUUUAUAGUCUUGCUGAGGUUAAAGGCAGAACUGUCUCCAGGGCAGUGGGGGUACCCUGGGGCUGAGGAUCCCCAAACUCCUUUUGCCCCCACCUACAUCACCACCCCUGGGCCCUGGUCUCUUACUGCUGAUGGACAUGCUGUUUGUAUUGUUUUAGCGAACCAGGCUGUUUUGUGAAUAAAAUGAAUGCAUGUUUUGUGUCACAAUUCA